AUCUCCAUUCAAUCUCUCCCUCGCUCUCCACUAACUCUUCACUCUGCUUAUCCUCGUUUCUUGAGUGGCUUCACGCCCUAAUUUUUCUGUUCUGCAAUCUUUUUCUCCCAACAAAACAAACGCGUUUCUCCUCCCGAAUGCGAAUCUUUUGAUUCCGAUAAUCUCAAUUCUCCGGCUGUCUCACUCCCUCCACUGCCUCUUCUCCGCACAGAGCUUUUACGUAUAUGUAUGUCCUGUAAUUGUGUAGCUCCGCUUUGUUCGAAUUCCGCGGAGUUGUUUGUUGUUGUAUCUGCUCUGGAGCUCCGUUCGAUGAUUACUCUGAGUACCGAUGCUUCGAUGUAGGUAUGACGUCUGCUUCUUCAAUGUCAGUUUCUGUGGAAUGUGUUAAUAUCUGUAAGUUCUGGAAUAGCGUUGUGAGUGGAAGGUUGAACUGUAAUGUGCUGCCUUGUGCGUCGAAGGCUCCGAGGGCAUUGACUGGAUUACUUGCCAGUACCGCCCAUCCUCCUCAGUUCUGCGCUGGUUCGUAUGGAAGAGCUGGAAGACGAAGUAGCGUUAGAUGUAGAUGUAAUGCCCAUGAUAUAGGAGGGUGGAGUCCUGGUGAAGAUUCUGAAAUUGUUCAUCCACACACACUUCUAAGCUCAAGGUUGAUUCAUUCAGCUAGUUGCAAAUGGAAAUUGCGUUGCUCUUCAUCUUUUUCCCCAAAACCUUAUGAGGAAAUAUCUCCUGAAAGCUUGUGGGAGGAUCUUCAACCUACUAUCUCAUAUCUUUCACCUAAGGAGUUGGAAUUGGUCCAAAAUGCCUUGAAUUUAGCUUUUGAGGCACAUGAUGGUCAAAAGCGUCGCAGUGGAGAGCCCUUCAUCAUACACCCAGUUGCAGUAGCUCAAAUUCUUGGAGAACUUGAACUAGACUGGGAAUCAAUUGCUGCUGGGCUCUUGCAUGAUACGGUAGAAGAUACAAAUGUUGUUACUUUUGAAAGAAUAGAGCAGGAAUUUGGUGUUACUGUUCGCCACAUUGUAGAAGGGGAAACCAAGGUAUCCAAACUUGGAAAGAUCAAGUAUAAGGAUGAAAACCAUUCUGCUCAAGAUGUCAAAGCUGAUGACCUUCGGCAGAUGUUUCUGUCAAUGACUGAGGAGGUCCGUGUUAUAAUUGUCAAAUUGGCUGAUAGAUUACACAACAUGCGUACUCUUUCACAUAUGCCUCCCCAUAAGCAGUCCAGCAUUGCUAAAGAGACACUGCAGGUUUUUGCUCCUCUGGCAAAAUUGCUUGGGAUGUACCAAAUUAAGUCUGAACUUGAAAAUCUAGCAUUCAUGUACACAAAUGCCCAAGAUUAUGCCAAGGUCCAGAGGAGAAUUUCAGAACUCUAUAAAGAGCAUGAAAAAGAACUCUUAGAGGCAAAAAGAAUAUUGACAAAGAAAAUUGAGGAUGAUCAAUUCCUUGAUCUCAUGUUAGUGAACGCUGAGGUCCGAUCAGUAUGCAAAGAGCCUUACAGCAUCUACAGAUCUGUUCUCAAAUCUAAGAGUUCAAUUAAUGAAGUCAACCAGAUUGCACAGAUUCGUGUUGUUAUAAAACCAAAACCUUGUGCUGGAGUAGGGCCACUUUGCAAUGCACAACAGAUAUGCUACCAUGUACUUGGACUUGUGCAUGGAAUCUGGACACCUAUACCUCGAGCUGUGAAAGACUACAUUGCUACCCCGAAGCCUAAUGGCUAUCAGAGCCUGCAUACAACAGUGAUUCCAUUUCUUUAUGAAAGCAUGUUGCGGUUGGAGGUUCAGAUAAGAACUGAAGAGAUGGACCUAAUAGCAGAGAGGGGCAUUGCUGCACAUUAUAGUGGGAAAGGUCUUAAUGGUGUAAUUGGACAUGCUAUUCAUAACGGUUCUUCCCGUGGCCAUGGGAAGACAGUCUGUCUCAAUAAUGCCAAUGUUGCUCUUAGGAUUGGCUGGCUGAAUGCAAUUAGAGAGUGGCAAGAGGAGUUUGUUGGGAAUAUGACCUCUAGGGAAUUUGUAGACACUGUUACAAGAGAUCUUCUAGGCAGUCGUGUCUUUGUCUUUACACCCAGGGGAGAGAUUAAAAAUCUUCCUAGGGGGGCUACUGUAAUUGAUUAUGCAUAUAUGAUACACACUGAAAUUGGCAACAAAAUGGUGGCUGCAAAGGUGAAUGGUAAUAUUGUCUCUCCGGUGCAUGUGCUGGCCAAUGCUGAAGUUGUGGAGAUCAUUACCUACAGUGGCCUCUCCAACAAAUCUGCUUUUCAAAGACAUAAACAGUGGUUGCAGCAUGCAAAAACACGUAGUGCCAGGCACAAGAUUAUGAAAUUUUUAAGAGAGCAAGCUGCUCUAUCAGCAACUGAAAUAACUGCAGAAUCAGUAAACGAAUUUGCUGCUGAAUCUGGUGAUGAUAGUGAAACAGAAAAAGUAUUUGAUUCUUCUAAGGGUACUAAACACACUUGGGAGAAAAUUCUAAAGAAUGUUGUGAAAAUGUCAUCUGCGACGAUGAGUGAAGAAGAUAUGUUUCAUUUUAAUAGUAGUAGCAUCCAGAUCCCCAAGGUGAAUGGUAAACACAGUAAGCAUCUGCAGCACGUGAGUUUGAAGGCCGAAGGAGAGACUUUAUCACAGGGUAAUGGCGUUGGCAGGACAAUUUGUGCUAACAUUCCUAUGUACCGUGAAGUGUUUCCUGGAUUGGAGAACUGGCUCGCCAACAAGGUUUCAUCUUGGAACAACCUUGAAGGGCAUUCUGUACAGUGGUUGUGUGUAGUCUGCCUAGACCGAAGAGGCAUGAUGGCUGAUGUGACAACAACAUUGGCAGCUGUAAGCGUCACAAUAUGUUCGUGUGUGGCGGAGAUUGACAGGGGGAAAGGAAUGGCCGUGAUGCUAUUUCAUGUUGAAGCAAGCUUGGAUAAUUUGGUGACUGCAUGUUCCAAAGUGGAUCUUAUCCUCGGUGUUUUGGGUUGGUCCACGGGUUGCAGCUUGCCAGAAUCAGUGGCGAACAAUCAUUUUCUAGAAUGUUAGUGUACAUCCCAUGGUGGCGAACAAUCAUUUUCUAGAAUGUUAGUGUACAUCCCGUGGUGGCUGCAGGGUGCAAAGUUUUGACCGCAAAAUUGUUCAUCUUUUGUUCAUUUCUGGAUUAGUUAGCUUUUAGUUCUCAUGAAAUUUUCUAACAUUUGACAAUUAAACCAACAGCCAACCCGGGCUAAUCUGGAGUAAGGCUACUGUAUAUAAACAAAAAAUAUUGGUGAUGAGGUAUACUUGUAAAGGCCAUUUUGCAAGGGACAAAUAAAAAAUAACAGAGUUUGAGACAGCUUACUGUAA